GGGCGGAAGAAGCCGGAGAAUGAGCGGGUCGGAGGGAAAAAAUGGCGGCUGAGAAGAGCAGAGGCGGUGAAGUCGGGGGCGCCCACCAGCACCACGCGCACCUGGGCAUCUGCGCUUCGCGGGCCAAGUAUCGCGAGGGGCGCCGUCCCCGCGCAGUGAAGGUAUAUACUGUCAAUUUAGAAUCUCGAUAUCUCUUAAUACAAGGAGUCCCUGCCUUGGGCGUUAUGAAAGAAUUAGUGGAGCAAUUUGCUUUGUAUGGUGCCAUUGAAGAAUAUCAUCCAUUAGAUGACUAUCCGGCUGAAGAAUUUACAGAAGUUUACCUCAUCAAGUUUCAAAAAAUACAGAGUGCAAGGUUAGCCAAAAGAAAGCUGGAUGAACGGUCUUUCUUUGGCAGUUUGCUGCAUGUCUGCUAUGCUCCAGAAUUUGAAAGUGUACAAGAAACUAGAGAGAAACUACAAGACAGAAGAAAAUAUAUAGCAAGGGCAACCAGUAACAAAGAGCAAUUGCUGGUGAAGAAACAGGCUCCAACUACAAGUUUUCAAAAGAGCCUUCAACUAGACAUUUCUGGAUCUUAUACUUCUGAGGCAUCCACUAGUAACUGGAAUUCACGUAUGCAUCUUCAUGAUCAAUCAUGCUAUGAACCGCCAUUGAAAAGUGCAGCGGUUCCUUCAGGAGAGCAUUGUAACAGUGUGUUAGUAGAACCUCCGCAUGUUGCUGACUGUGCAAAUGGACCCCAAUACUUCAGCCAGAGCUCAAUAAUCACUCAAAGUCUGCAGCAGGAACUACACAACACAUCAGCCUGCUGCAACCUGCAAAGGAAGGCUCCGUAUGAUAAUGGACUUGGCCGAUUCAUGCCUCGAACAACUCAGCUGCAAGAGCGAAGGAGGAGGCGAAAUGAAGACAACAAACUUGCCCUUCUUGGAAGUGUCAGUGGUAGCAAAGAAAUCAUUAUUGGCCCAAGGUUACCAGAAACACCUAAGAUAGACCUGGAAGAUGAUUCACUGAACACCUCAGCAAACUUAAUUCGUAAUAGACUAAAGGAGGUUGUGACUUCUGUUCAGACUCCAAAGCAAUCUGAGGGGAAGCCCAUGAACAGUCAAACAGAGCCAGCUAUAAAGCAAAGGAGACGGAUAUGAAAUCUACUUGUUGCAUGUUUUAUGUAUUUAACUUGAGGCAGAUGAAAGUUCUUGCUUUUUUUUUUUACAAAACAGUGUGAUAUGGCUUGAUCUGAAAAUACUAGUAUAUAUUUAUACAUAUUUUUAAAUACAUUAACAGUUUACUGUCAUUUGGUUACUGAAUAUACGUAGUCCCAUUAUUUUUGGAAUCGUUGAAGUAAUACUCAGCACAAGGUAUACAAAUAUUUCCUAUUAAUUUCUCACUUCUCUCUAGUGAGAAGUAUAUUGAAAUCAACACAUUUUGAAUAUUCACAAGAAAAAAGUACAUUUAUGACUUGCUUUAUUUUUACUUAAAGAAAGAUGAUCACUGUCCUUUUCACGGGAAUUCAAGUAGUAUCCUUUGCUUGCAGAGCUAUAACUCAGCUGUAUUUCGGAAUGCUUGAGUUUCAAAUGCUAACCUGCACUGAAAAGCAAAUGAUUGGAACAAAAUGUGAAUGUUACAGAAAAGCAGUGGUGCUGUUUUUGCAACUCCUCCAGGAUCCCCAGACCACUAUUGUUCCGAACAAUUGUACUUCAUGAAAAUCACCAAGGCUGGCAAUUCACCUUUUUAAAUAGGUUACACAUUCCCCUUCCCAGUGUAACAUCUCAAUCUGUGCAUCCCAGGUUGUUAAGGGCAGAAAGUUAGGCCUUACAGCCAGUGCCAUUCCCCAUCAUGACUGAUUUCAAAAGUAGAUGCUGAAGAUAAGCCCUCAAAAUUAACACUUUCAAAAGAAGCCUAUGACUCAUAUUAAAAAAUAAUUAUACCUAAGAGUUUGAGCACACCCAGUGGGAUAUUAGGUUCUUCAGUACUAUUUCAGGCCUUCUCAUAGCCCACUACUGAAUUCUGCUGCAAUUUUGGAAUGACAACUCUGAACAGAAGGCAAUAUAAACAGGUUACUGACACUGGUUGUUGCUGCAUGCUUAAGCUUACAUUCCCAUCUCACUUGCUUGAGAGAUUCAUUGGCACAAAAUUGUGGCUGCUGUCCUGAACUUUAAAGAGCAACCUAUAAUUUUAUUUUAUUUUUAUUUAUUUUGUUUUAUACCCUGUCCUCUCUCAUUGAGGGACUCUGAAUUGGCAACAAUUUGAUGCCAUUCAGACUUAGGACAAUACGAAGUCAAAUUACAUGUAACACAAACAACACAAAACAUUUCUAACUCCUCAUAUAAAACAACAGUAUGUAAUAACACAGGAUUAAAACCAGCUAUAUUAAAAUCCCGCACUAUCUCGUUGCCAUAGUCAAAGUCCAUUGCCAUUUAACAAGGUUAUUUAUUGUCUUCCCUGAAAGCUUCCUUCCAAACAAAAGUUUCUAUUUGCUUUCUGAUUAUAGCAGUGAUGUCCCUGGGGAGGGAAUUCCAGAACAGAGGGGCCACUGUCAAGAAGGCCCUCUCACUCAUUCCCACCAGCCGUAUCUGUCUCAAAUCUAAAGUACAUGAAUACAUACCAAUUUUUAUACUCUGCUAGGCCAUUUGUUCUAAAAUAUGUCUCAAUAUUCACUGUUCUAUUUGAAAAUGCUGUUAUUAUGUUUGGCAAUCUUUCAUGCGGUUUAAGUUAUACAAAUACCUUCAUAUCAGGUAAACAUGGUCCAAAAGCUUCUAAAAGGAGGUUUUCAUCUUUUACAGCAUUUUCAAAAUCUGCAUAAGAAAGUUUGCCAUCAUGGUCAUAGUCCUACAAAAGAAGUGAAAGUACAGCUGCAUUUAAGCUCGAUCCUGCCUCAAUGAUCCAAUGGACCAUGAUAACAGAACUGCAUUUAUGCCUUGUAAAGUACUAUGCUUUACUGAUUCUUUUAAAAUAUUUUGAUAUUGUUGUUACAACUGCUUUGAUUUGCUAUUACCAAUAUUCCAGUUUCUAAAGAUGUAGGUCUUUCAUACUACAGAACUGUAGCACUUUGAUCUUACUUAAACUGCCAUGGUUCAGUUGCUGUACGCCAUACCUCUGUAUCAAUGAGAGCUUGUUAAGAAUAUUGAAGUUUGGGUUCAAAAUAACAAUAAAAACAACACUUUAUUUAUAUUCUGCCCAUCUCGCCCCGAAGGGGACUCAGGGCGGACCACAGUACACAUACACAGCAAACAUUCAAUGCUACUUUGUAUAGACAAUAGACAGAACAGAAGGAGGUGUGUGGUUUCGACUCAGUGUCCAGCGGUUUUGGUGCCGUGGAAGGUUGGGCUCGAGUCCAGCCACAGGGGGUGCUGUCGCUCCAUCCUCUAUGACGAGGAGCCAUCAGGACUUCCUCCUUCCAUUUGGUUGCCCGGCAUUUUCUGAUCUUUAUUGCGUCGUAAAACACCUCCCCUGCUCUUUUAGCGGUAGGUACCUAAUUUCUCUAAUCAAAGCUAAAGAUGUUUUUUAACUGCUUAGGUAAACAGUGAGCAGGGCUGGCAGUCAGGUGCUCAUGCAGAUCCAGUUUCGAACUUGCAACCUUUCAGAUAAUAGAUCUUAUAGUUGCUGGUGAUUUACCAGCUGUGCUAAACAUCCAGCCCUCUUAUCUGAAAAGAAAUGUCUUUUAAGUGGUGGUACAUACCAUUUUUUUCAGUGUUAUUUCUACUAAAUCUUUAAUUCCUUCAUCGGGAUCUUCUUCCGAUGGCUGUUUGAGCAGGCUGUUUUUCAACAUAUGAAACAUUUCCUCUCGUGAUAUAUAUCCAUCACUAUUCAUAUCAUAGACCUCAAAGCAGUCUUUAGAGAAAAUAGCUGAGUUACUAUAAAGCAGUUACUGAGUAAUCUGAAGAACACUUAGACAUUACUAAAUUAUAUUUAAAGAAAGGAAUGCAAACAUCUUCUCUAGUAAAUUACAUUUUUAAGAAUUUCCUUGUAUUUUAUCUUACGCCGUUAUAGUUUUGUAUUAAUCAGGAUAGCUGCAUUUUGCCCUAAAGCUGGCUUUCUUUGCUUCCAUAGUCACAACCUGGCAUUUCAGUUAGACACUUACAUUUCUUUUAGGUUUGCUGUACCACUACCAAGAAUUUCUCUUUUUUUUUUAAAGGAAAUUAGUUGUAUACUUUUAAAAUACUUAGAUUUGUCCUUUAAAUUGUCAUAAUUUAUGACUACUAUGGAAAUCAGCUGCUAUUGCAUAAAUCUUACAUUUUAUCUUUUCUUCUAGUGUUCCUCGAAGAAAUAUUGAUAGGCCUUCUACCCAUUCUGUUACGCUGAUACAGCUGUCAUUGUCUUUGUCAAAAGCACGGAACACUAAAUGGUGAAGAAAGUGCAUUUCAUUUAUAAUAUCUGUGCCAAGUCAACAGAUCAUUUGCAAGAAAAUUCUACACAAAACUAAUCAGAAUUAAAACUAGUUGAGAUUAAUGGGGACAUUAUUAGCCAUGGCCAGAAAAAAAAGACAUUUUGUUUCCUUUCUUUAUGCAUCACUUGGAGAGACUGUUUCAGCUGACUGUUGGCAAAGUGACUCCCCAAAAGGCAGGCAAAAAAUGAGAAACAAGUCACCUUUUCAGGGGAUGGACAAGGAAACAGCAGUGCUGACAAGCCAGAACUGGGGCAUUCUUCGUAGCCAUUGGUGGCCAUUGGUAGUCCAUGUAUUUUCACCGAGGAGGAGUGCAAAAACUGCCCCAAUUCUUGUCACUGUUUCUUUGCCUAUCGCUUCUUGCUGAAUUCCUCCACCAUAACUGGAAAGGCACCUGGAAUCUCAUUUUUUUUGCCAUUGAUAUUUACCUUUUUUCAAUCCAUGUUCACAUAUAUGUUUUUAUUGACAUUCAAAACACUGAAUUGUAGGUCUGGAUUAGAAAAGUAAAAUAAAUAAUAAUGGGUUGCUGUGAUGUGUAAUAAUGAUAAUGUGUUCCAUCUACUUAAAGGUUACUGUUCCAUUUCAGAGCAAUCACUACUGAAUCAAACAGGAGCAUUCUUAAACUGGAUAUAUUUAUUUUGAAUGCCUCUGAGCAUAUUUAAAUCAUUUUUCUGCCUCUCCACUCUGAAACGAGAAGCAGCAUUCAGUUUUGGAAUAUGUGUUCAAGCUAGGCAGGAGCCCCAAGUUCAAAGCUUUCGAUUUAUUUUUCCUAUCAACUCCAAUGCUGUUCAACCACCCUCUAGUCUUGAAAGCAUCCCCUGCAAUUAAUAAUGAACAACAUCCUUAUUCAUUGCUCUAUCGAAUACUGAAUGCCAUCAACCAGCAAAAUUAUUUUUAAAUUAUUUUGAGAGAGAAAGAGAACAACUCAGCACUUAAAAGAUUGUUAUUCCCAAUUUUGUGGCACAAUUCCUUUUAAACUAUGAGACUUUCAAAAAUAAUUUUCCAAUAUAGCAUGCAAGGUAGAUCAUAUAUUCAAAAUGAAAGUAAGUCCCAGUAAGCCUUUUCAAGCCCCUGAAAACCUAAAGUAGCAACUCUGGAUCUCUGCCAGAUUUGGAAGUAAUUCUUUGUCACCAAGUGGGAGUUUUGAAAACAUGUUUAUGGAGUUCUAUACCCAUAGCUUCUCGUGACAUUUUAAACAGUUGUGUUGUGCUUUACAUAGCAGUUAGUCAUCUUGCUUGCCUCAUCACAGCAAUAAAAACAUGCUUGUCAUGGCGUAUAUUGCCCUAUAUAUAUUGUCUAAGGCUUUCAUGGCUGGAAUCACUGGGUUGUUGUAGGUUUUUCAGGCUGUGUGAUUAUGUUCUAGAAGCAUUCUCUCCUGACAUUUCACCUGUAUCUAUGUGAGUCAUCAAUACCUCUGAGGAUGCCUGCCAUAGUUGCAGGCGAAACAUCAGGAGAGAAUGCUUCUAGAACAUGGCAACACAGCCCCAAAACCUACAACAACCCAUUGCCCUAUAUGGCAGAGACUAGCUCAAUGAGAGAUGGUGUAAAUAUGUCUAAUAUAAAUGACUCUUCUCCAUUUUAUGUUAAUGCAAUUUGGUGUGAAUAUUGACACACUGAAUUAUUUGGGUUAUUUGGGGCACUUAUUCAGAAAAUUACAUUGGAUAGACCUCAUCAGAUCUGGUUUCUUAGAUACGAUUAUCAGAAUUUUCUAUGGGUGAGCAGAUGACAACUGCUAUGUGGCAUAUGAUCUGUAUCUUAAAAACCAGAGCUGACAGGAAAAUGGUGCCAUUUUUGGAAUCGGGUCAAAUACACCCAGGGAAAAGGCCUAGCAUUUGAGGCACCAAAAUGUGUCCUUGUUUGCACAACAAACCCAAGUUUCCAAUGAUCACAGGAACAGAAAGUGAGGUGGUGUUCCCUAUGCUAUAUGAACCUAAUACAGUAGAGUCUCUCAUCCAAUGUUCUGUACUAUCCAACACAGUCUGCCUCCCACCUGGAAUAAUGUCCAGGGUGAAAGAAAGACCUUUUGUCUGUUUUGGUGCUAAAUUCAUACAUACAGUAAUUAUUACAUAACGUUACUGUGUAUUGAACUGCUUUUUCUGUCAAUUUGUUGUAAAAUGUGAUGUUUUGGUUCUUAAUUUAUAAAAUCAUAAUGUAA